GGAGCGGGUACGAAGUGGGACGGGUGGGGCGGAUAAACCUAAAAUCCACCCCGCCUCAUCACCCAUGGCGGGUAUGGUUUUUAUCUCCAUCCCCGCCCCAUCACCCGCCAAACCAAGAUUCAUCCCCGCCCCAACGCAGCUCUCUUAUUUGACCCGCCCCAACGCGGGUCUCUUAUUUGACCCGCCCCACUGACAUCCCUAGAUAUGUGCUUUAUAAGUGGGUAAAAGACACUUGUAAUUUGAAAAAACAAAAAAAAAAAAAAAAAAAAAAAAAGGUAGAGAAACAGAGUGUAAUUGGAUAGAGUUGACAUAUUUUGACUCAUAUAGUAUAAGCUACUCCGUAUAAAAUUAAAUGCUUGUUGUUACUUUAUUUUUCUUAAAUAAAUAAAUAAAUAUCUGGACUAAUAGAUUUAGAAUACUUUUUUUUAUUUUUAACUAGUAGAUAUACAAACCAACAGAGUUGUUUUUUUUUUUUUUUUAAGGAACAUACCAACAUAGUAUGACUAUGGGCCGUUACUGUUAACUUAGUGAAGUAUAACUUGAGGUUCAGGUUCAAUGCAUAAUAAUUCAUUGAGGCUCAGGUUCAAGGCAUAAUUACUUAAGUGGGGUCCAGAAAAGCUGUGAUGCAUUUAUAAAUCUAUGUGGUCAUUAGUUCUUCUUAUUAACCACAACUAAUUAUUUGCGGUUGAGGUUCACGUUGAAGUUGAUAGUUGUGAUAAUUUCUUGAUGGAAUCUUAAAGCUGCAACUACUGAGUACUAAGGAAAUGAUAACUUGCGGAGAAGUAGAUUCUAAAGGUCACUUGGAAUUGAGGGAGGAUCCAGAGGCAUGGAUUAAAAAUAACCCUCCUUCUCGUCUAGCCUUGCGUUGUUAUGAAAAGGAAGAGGUAGGAGAAUCAAUAGGUGAGCUCACACAGCUCAUCCGCCUGGAAUUCUUGUACUGUGAUUCCCUGAAAUGUGUGUCUAACACCAUCACUAGGCUUCACAAAUUGGAGCACUUGCAAUUUUAUAAGUGUUAUUGUUUGGAAGAAUUGCCGGCAAAUAUAGGGCAGUUGGUGAGCCUUACUCAUCUCAAGCUUGAUUAUUGCGAGAACAUAAAGUUCCUUCCUGAUAGCAUUGUAAAUCUAUCCAAUUUGACUUAUUUAACUCUCUCUUCCUGUGAUUCCCUUGUUGAAUUGCCGGCAAAUAUAGGGCAGUUGGUGAGCCUUACCCAUCUCAAACUUAAAUAUUGCAAGAACAUAAAGUCACUUCCUUUGAGCAUUGCAAAUCUAUCCAAUUUGACAUCUUUAUCUCUCUUUUCCUGUGAGUCCCUGGUUGAAUUGCCGGCAAAUUUGGAUGGGUUGGCCCAUUUAUGUCUUCUUGAUAUUCAAUCAUCCAAAAUCAAGUGUCUUCCUUGGAGCAUCACGAAGCUACGCAAACUCCGACAUCUAAUGUUGCCCGAACAUUUCAGACUCGAAACGUUGCCAUAUGACUUGAAUCAUUCGGUCAUCAUUUCUGUUAAAGAUAGGCAUGUUCGCAAAUCCUGGGAGGAACUUAAAACAGAGAUAGGAGAAUUGCCCAUUCCUUUUGGUGGAGAAAUAAGAAAUGAUGCAGCUCAAAAUCCCUCUAUCAUAUCUCCUCCUGGUUAUCUCCGAUUGAAGGAGGAUGAUCCUUCGCAAUGGAUUAUUAAUAACAGAAAUUUACUCAUGUUGGUUCGAUUUUUGGACUUGGAAAAUGUUAAGGAGUUAACAGAUUCCAUAAUGCAAUUCAGUGAGCUCACCACCUCUAUCUCUACUUCACUGAUCAUAUUUGCCUCCCGGAUAACUACUUUGUCACAUUCACAAGGCUUACACAUCUCUCUCUCGACUCUUCUGAUGUUGAAAUUGAUGAGUCCGUUAUUCACAGCUUAAGCAAGCUAUCCAAUUUACAAACACUACAUCUGCGAUUAUCCAUUUAUGAUAGCUUGGAAAAUUUUAAUAUGCCUGUCAGCCUCAAACAUCUCUCUUUAUCAUCUUGCAAUAUGAGGCCACUUUAUGAUAGCUUGGAAAAGUUAACUAACUUAAGGAGUCUGGAUCUCAAUUCCUGUGAUUAUUGCGAGUCAUUGCCACCAUGUAUGUAUAUUCACAAACUCAGGCUUGUGGAUUGCUCCUUCGAGUCACUUGACUCACUUCCUAUUGGCCUACAUCACCUGGAAAUUUUGUUUUCAAAGAUUAUAAUGACCUGAGAUGUAUCUUUGAAAAAUGUUGGAAUAAAUUAGUCAAC